UGCAAUACAACGAGGACGCGAACAGGAACGCCCAAGCUUCCCAGCCCAAACGAAGGCGGACGCUGGAUCGGUGGGGACAGCCCGCGAUGGCCGAAUAUCCUCGACUUCCGAACAACCCUCAAUCGAAUCAACUACAGUAGCAAGCGGGCAUCCACUGCAUUCGAUAUCACUCACGCCAUCGGCACCAUGGAUUGCGACGGGCUGUAUUCGCUCGCCUGUUCAUGCUGCAUGGAUAAGCCGAGGCUUUCCGUGAAUGCCUCUGCUCCUCAGCCCGAUACCCAUACUUACCCUUUGUAUUUACGAAUGCACCGCAACAACAUACCUUCUAGAUCAAGCCCGAUUCCAUUGCCUGUGACUCUUCUCUCGAUGGUCUCCGAUGCGUUCAGGGCAUAUCGCUGGCGCGAAUUUCCAGGAAUGAUGAAAAUCACUCCUCUCGCGAAGCAUCUCGUUAUGCAGGGUGUUGUCAAGGUCAUCCGCAAAGUUCGCCCCAAAAAAACAAAACCCGCAAAGGUAGAUCCCAAAAACCGCCCCCUCAAAUGGAUCAUGGUGAAGCCUGAGAUCAAGGAGCACACCGACGCAACUGAGGGCCAGACUGCUGCUAAAGGAAGCCGAGCAAAUGGCUCAAAAAGAGGUGGUAGGCCAGCAAUCCCUGGACGCCAUAUUUCCAGCCCGGUCGUACCUGGAAGAGUGGAAGCUCAACGUGGGCUCGCAAGGGAAAGUGUAGGUGACGUCGUCGACAAUCUGUCGUAUCCUCUGUCUGGACAGAGCAACCGUGGCCUUCAGUCUGCGUUGACCUCCAUUGAUGCCCGAUGUUGCUCACCAGGUUACGGAGGACGGGAAGAAUAGAGGAACGAAACAGCAACAGAAGAGAUCGAGGGUAGGAGAGGUGUAGAUAAAAACAGGAAAUGAUAGCCGAACUGACUCUCAAGCCCUCCCAAGCCCUUCUGGAUGCAAAUCAUAUGAACCUAGAACCGAAAGGACAACAG